GCUGGAAAGCCGAGAAGGCGAGAAGAGGAGACAAGAAUCAGAACGUCAACAACAACGAUGAUGGAAUAAAAAGAAUUGUUACAGGUCAUUAAAAACUUUGCUGACGGAAUUUAAAGGCUGUUACAUAAUAAAGCACCCAACGAUGGAGAAUUUAGUAGAUACAUAAAUUGACAGUCUAAUUGUUAGUUACAUAAGUCAUGAACUAUGGUGGAAAGAGUGGCGAAUAUGUUGUUAAAAUCGGUCCUGAGAUCGCCGUCCCGAGCAUUUUCAAUUUUGUCAUCAGCCUCUCGUCCAAGCAGCUUGAGUUACGUCCCAUGUCCUGUCGCCCGUAGUCUCUUGAAGAGGAAUCAAAAUUCGGGAUUAUUCAGCAGCAUCAGUCAUUCUAAAAUAAGAGAGCUGAAAAGGGAGUACAGGGCAGUGUGUCAACUGCUGCAAAGAUCAGGUUUUGAUGUUUCCAAGAGAAACUUUCACACUACGUUGAGGCGCUGUCAAGAGGAGGGAAAAAAGUCUGGCUCUUCAGCGCCCAAUAACAACGGCAAGAAGCCAAACCGGGAGGAUGACGAGGAAACCAAAAUUUCGUCUUUGUUGGCCAAAGCCUUCCUCUGGAUGCUCACGGCGUACUUGCUCAUUGGAGUCGUGUCUCUGCUUUUUCCCAGCAGCAACCAACCCGAGGUCACCAGAUAUGUUUCCUGGAAUGAAUUCGUGCACCACAUGCUGGCGAAAGGAGAGGUGGAGGAAAUCAUUGUUCGGCCGGACAUGGACAUCGUCACCAUCAUUCUCCAUGAAGGUGCCAUCAUCAAAGGACGAAGAAUGGAACACAAAACCUUCCACAUGAACAUCGUUGACACGAACAAAUUCGAGGAGAAACUUCGAGCUGCCGAGCAACGGCUGGGCAUCAAUUCCGAAAAUGGCGUGCCUGUCGUUUACGAAAGAAACUCGGACACUGCCGGCAAACUGCUGGCCUCCCUGAUCGUGGUUGCCUUACUGCUGUCGCUGCUUUCCCGCAGCAAGUCGCUCAAGUCGCCCACCAACAUGGAUCCGUUUUCGCAAAUGAGCCGAGCCAAAUUCACGCUGGUCGACCCUCUCACCAGUCCUGGAAAGGGCGUGCAUUUCUCUGACGUGGCAGGACUGAAAGAGGCCAAGCAGGAGGUCAGCGAGUUUGUCGAUUACCUCAAGAGGCCCGAACAUUACAAGAAGCUGGGGGCAAAGGUUCCUAAAGGGGCGCUGAUGCUAGGUCCUCCGGGCUGUGGGAAAACGAUGCUGGCCAAAGCAGUGGCGACCGAGUCCAACGUGCCGUUCCUCUCGAUGAACGGGUCCGAGUUCAUCGAGAUGAUCGGUGGGCUCGGUGCCGCCAGGGUGCGAGACUUGUUCAGGGAGGCAAAGAAGCGGUCGCCCUGCAUCAUUUACAUAGACGAAAUCGACGCCAUUGGACGCAAAAGGAGUUCGGGCUCUGGCCAGUUCGAUGGCGCAGUCGGAGAAGGCGAGCAAACGUUGAACCAGCUGCUCGUCGAAAUGGACGGCAUGGUGUCCAAGGAGGGGGUCUUGAUGCUCGCCUCCACCAACCGAGCAGACGUCUUGGACAAGGCACUUUUGAGGCCCGGACGGUUCGACCGGCACAUCCUGAUCGACCUUCCGACAUUAGAGGAGCGGAGGGAAAUUUUCGAGCACCACCUGCGUGCCAUCAAGUUGGAGCAAAAGCCGGCAUUGUAUUCAAGCCGCAUGGCCUUCCUCACUCCGGGCUUCAGCGGUGCGGACAUCGCCAACGUUUGCAACGAGGCAGCCCUGCACGCGGCCAGAGACAAGCACAGCACCGUGAAGGGCGCAGACCUCGAGUACGCCGUCGAGCGGGUGGUCGGCGGCACGGAGAAGCGCUCGCAAACCAUGUCUCCGCAGGAGAAGAGAGUGGUGGCCUACCACGAGUCGGGACACGCCCUCGUCGGCUGGCUGCUGCCGCACACGGACGCCCUGCUCAAGGUCACCAUCGUGCCCAGGACCAACAUGGCGCUCGGCUUUGCGCAGUACACGCCCACGGACCAGAAACUGAUUUCCAAGGAGGAGCUCUUUGAUAAAAUGUGCAUGGCGCUCGGCGGCAGGGUAGCCGAGUCUCUCACUUUCAACCGAAUCACCACUGGCGCCCAGAACGACUUGCAGAAAGUCACCAAGAUGGCCUAUGCGCAGGUGAAGCAGUUUGGUAUGAGUCCCGAAGUCGGUCUAGUGUCCUUCCCAGAGGAAAAUUCGCGGGAAUCGGGCAGGCGGCCGUACAGCAAGAAGUUUGCCAACAUGAUGGACAGCGUGGCGCAAGAUCUCGUCACCAGGGCCUACAGGAAUACGGAGCAAGUGCUGCGCAGGAACAUGGACAAACUAGAAAAGAUUGCCGAGGAACUGUUGAAGAAGGAGGUUUUGAAUUACGACGACGUCGAGGCGUUGAUCGGGCCUCCUCCGCACGGGAAAAAGAGGCUGAUUGCGCCUGCUGACUUUGAACUGUCGGUUCAGGAAGACGCUGGCGCCGGAAACACCGCAAGUCAGGACGCUGCUUCGGAGAAAGAGUGAUUAUUUCUAGUGUUCAGAUCAAUAAAUUUGUUAGUCCGAAACACGG